GUGGGAGGGAAUUGGCAAUCUUGCUGCCUACGUGGGAGAGAAGGGAGAGUUGGGGGAAGUGUGGAAAACCUGAACCUGAGCCGCUGCUGCCUGAAGAAGAUUUAGUGGGAGAAGUAGAGGGGAAAAGACGGGUGGAGAGUGAGGUGAGGAGGACAUCUGGGGAGCUGCUCGCGGGCAGCACAAAGUUCUUGGCGAUGUGGCUGAAGCCUGAGGAAGUGCUCCUGAAAAAUGCGCUGAAGCUGUGGCUGAUGGAAAGGUCCAACGACUACUUCGUGCUGCAACGGCGUCGGGGCUACGGGGAGGAAGGCGGAGGAGGUCUCACAGGGCUUCUGGUUGGGACUCUUGACUCAGUCUUAGACUCAACUGCUAAAGUAGCUCCAUUUCGCAUUCUACACCAGACACCAGAUUCUCAAGUUUACCUGUCAAUUGCAUGUGGAGCCAACAGAGAAGAAAUAAUGAAACAUUGGGAUUGGUUGGAACAAAAUAUCGUGAAGACCUUACCUGUGUUUGAUUCAAAUGAAGAUAUUACUAAUUUUGUACAAGGAAAAAUAAGAGGAUUAAUUGCUGAAGAAGGAAAACAUUCUUUUGCAAAAGAAGAUGAUCCUGAGAAAUUUCGUGAAGCCCUUUUGAAAUUUGAAAAAUGUUUUGGUUUACCAGAGCAGGAGAAGUUAGUGACCUAUUACUCAUGCAGUUAUUGGAAAGGACGGGUUCCUUGUCAGGGUUGGCUCUAUCUUAGCACCAACUUUCUGAGCUUCUAUUCUUUUUUGUUAGGAUCAGAAAUAAAACUCAUUAUCUCCUGGGAUGCAGUCUCAAAACUUGAAAAGAUUUCAAAUGUCAUACUGACAGAGAGUAUUCAUGUGUGUUCCCAAGGGGAGAGUCACUACUUUUCAAUGUUUUUGCAUAUUGACCAAACAUACCUUCUUAUGGAACAGCUGGCAAACUAUGCUAUAAAGAGACUUUUUGACAAGGAAACAUUUGAUGAUGACCCAGUCCUUGAUGAUCCUCUACAAAUCACCAAAAGAGGUCUGGAAGAUCGAGCCCACAGUGAGCAGUUUAAUGCAUUUUUUAGGCUGCCCAAAGAAGAAACUUUGAAAGAAGUACAUGAAUGUUCCUUAUGGGUACCAUUCAGCCGCUUCAAUGCUCAUGGCAAAAUGUGCAUUUCAGAAAACUAUAUCUGCUUUACUAGCCAGGAUGGCAAUCUAUGUAAUGUAAUCAUUCCAUUUCGAGAGGUCUUAGCUAUAGAUAAGACAAAUGAUUCUAGCAAAUCUAUCAUCAUUAGCAUCAAAGGAAAAACAGCUUUUCGCUUCAGUGAAGUUAAAGACUUUGAACAACUGGUGGCAAAACUCAGGCUCAAGUGCGGGGCAGCUUCAACUCAAUAUCAUGAUAUUAGCACAGAGGUUCCUAUUAGUUCUGAUUCCUCAGACCCAUCUGAUAAUAUUAAGGAACGAUAUUUGACAUGUCAGAGAGAAUGCAGUAAAACUCUGAACACUGAAGCCUUAAUGACAGUAUUUCACCCUCAGAAUUUGGAGACUCUUAAUUCAAAAAUGUUGAAAGAAAAGAUGAAGGAACAGUCAUGGAAUAUCCUAUUUGCAGAAUGUGGGCGUGGUGUUAGCAUGUUUCGGACCAAAAGGUCUCGAGAUCUGGUUAUAAGAGGGAUUCCAGAGACUUUAAGAGGAGAGCUCUGGAUGCUUUUUUCAGGUGCUGUUAAUGACAUGGCUGUUAAUCCUGGCUAUUAUGCUGAAGUGGUUGAACAAUCUGUAGGGACCUGCAACUUGGCUACUGAAGAAAUUGAACGUGAUUUACGUCGCUCCCUGCCUGAGCACCCAGCCUUUCAGAGUGACACUGGCAUAUCUGCUCUGAGGCGGGUACUCACUGCUUAUGCAUACAGGAAUCCCAAAAUUGGAUACUGCCAGGCAAUGAACAUUUUGACUUCAGUGUUGCUUCUGUAUGCAAAAGAGGAAGAAGCUUUUUGGCUUCUGGUUGCUGUGUGUGAACGAAUGUUGCCUGAUUAUUUUAAUCAUCGAAUUAUUGGUGCCUUGGUAGAUCAGGCCGUCUUUGAAGAACUUAUCAGGGAUCAUCUUCCCCAGCUGACAGAACACAUAACCGAUAUGACAUUCUUUUCCUCAGUUUCUCUUUCCUGGUUCCUCACACUUUUUAUUAGUGUGCUACCUAUUGAAAGUGCAGUGAAUGUGGUAGAUUGUUUCUUCUAUGACGGAAUAAAGGCCAUUUUACAACUGGGAUUGGCAAUACUUGACUAUAAUUUAGACAAACUACUGGCAUGUAAAGAUGAUGCCGAAGCUGUAACAGCUUUAAACAGGUUCUUUGACAGUGUCACUAAUAAGGAUAGCCCAUUGCCUUCAACUCUUCAGCAGGGUUCAAAUGUGAGUGAUGAAAAAAGCAGUCAUAUUAGAGUGGAUAUUACAGAUUUAAUUAGAGAGUCAAAUGAGAAAUAUGGUAGUAUUCAUUGUGAAGAUAUACACAGCAUGCGCUGUCGAAGUAGAUUGUAUGUGAUACAGACCCUAGAGGAAACAACAAAGCAGAAUGUGUUGCGUGUUGUAUCACAAGAUGUGAAACUGAGCCUUCAUGAAUUGGAUGAACUUUAUGUCAUCUUUAAGAAAGAGCUGUUUUUUUCUUAUUAUUGGUGUUUGAGUUAUCCAGUUUUGAAGCACCAUGACCCCAGUCUGCCAUAUUUGGAACAGUAUCAGAUUGACUGCCAACAGUUCAGAGUGUUGUAUCACUUCUUAAGUCCCUGGGCUCAUUCUGAAAACAGAGACUCACUAGCUUUAUGGACAUUCAGAUUGUUGGAUGAAAACUCUGACUGCCUUAUAAACUUCAAAGAAUUCUCUUCUGCAAUUGAUAUAAUGUACAAUGGAAGUUUUACUGAGAAGCUUAAGCUGCUUUUUAAGCUGCAUAUUCCUCCAGCUUAUACUGAAGUGAAGUUCAAGGACCCUUCAAAGGGAGAUGAACUUUCCGAGGAAGAAUUACUUUAUUUCAGUCAGCUCCAUGUUUCUAAGCCUGCACAUGAGAAGGAAGCAGGAUCAGUAAAAUCCAGCCCUGAAAAAGGCAAAGGAAAAGUUGAUAUUCAAGCAUACAUAAGUCAGUGGCAGGAUGAGCUUUUCAAAAAAGAAGACAAUAUUAAGGAUUUACCAAGAAUGAAUCAGUCACAAUUUAUUCAGUUUUCGAAGACCCUUUAUAACUUAUUUCAUGGAGACCCUGAAGAAGAAUCAUUAUAUCAAGCCAUUGCUGUUGUAACCAGCCUUUUGCUCAGGAUGGAAGAAGUUGGAAGGAAACUACAUAGCCCUACAUCAUCAGCCAAAGGAUUGUCUGUUGUGGUGUGUCCAGCUGCAUGUGAUAUUCUUGGAGCCACAAAAACAGAUAUGAAGAAGCCUUGCAAACAUCUACAUUUAUAAUUCGUCCCUUCUAUGCAAUAAGUUCUCUGGUUUGAAAAAUGAAUUGGAAAAUGCAGCUAGAGCUACUCCCUCUGUUCUGAAUAUGAAAAGCUAAGGUCUUCACAAAAAAUUUGACCUGACCUAAUCAUCCAGAGUAGGUGGAACCAACUACUGUAUAUAGGCACAGAUGUGUAUCACUUUUCAUUGUGAUGAGUCUGCUCACUGGUGAGAUGUAGCCUAAUGAUUGAUCUCAAAUCAAUCAGAUUAGUAAUGCCUAUGCAGGAAGAUCUAAGAAAUAACGUAUAUCAAGUGCCUGUAAUUUUGGGUGAAAAUAUUUGCUCUCCAUCACAGACCAAGCCUGAAGCAUGGAAAGAGGGUUAAAAAUGUUCCUCUUCCCUCAUAGUAUACUCGCUGUUCCACAUAUAUCUAUUGGGAAGAGUUGAUACAAUGCUGUCUCCUUCCCUUGGGUGGCUUUGGUGAUGAGAGAGUGAAGAGCAACUGAGUGCAGAAAAAGAAAUUUAGUGCCACCCAGAGAUCCAGUGCUCCAGGAGGAAGUAACAAGAUUCCCCUCUCAGAACCAAGCUUGCCAGGGCUUCAGCAUCACCCAGGGGCUAAGGGGGUCUUUGGGCUCAAACAUUUGUUAUUUCAGCAGUUCUUGUGCUGUUGCCAGUGUGUUAGAAUGAGAAUAGAUCACAGCCUCUGGUACUGACAGUCAAGCGUGCAUUCUCUACCCCCAGACUCUUGCAACAUUGAGAGCUGUUAUCAAACUGCUUUCCUCAGUGCCUGUAAACAGGUGCUGCCAUCAGAACCCAUGCUGAUAACACACAUCAAUCCUUCCCAAUCUUUGUACUGACUAAGGACGGAGAUGCCCUUUUGAGCCCCUGAUGAUUAUGUCUAAUAUAAGAUGAGUAGCUAAAUCAAGCUGGCUGUGAGUACAGGACAGUGGUUACUUUUUCAGUAGUGCAUGAAGCUUGCUGGAGAGAUAAUGUUCAUCUCUCCUUAAACCAGUCACCUAACAUUUAAUUGUAUUCUUAGCAUGUGUUGGAGAUGUGGCUGUCUUGGGUCUCCAGUCCUGAUAAUUUCCUAUUACUUCUUUUAGGAGGAGAAUCAUAGUUUGAUAUUUUACUGGGAUUAUAACAUUGGCCUAAUUAGAAGCAGGAAACUUGUGGGAGUGCAGUAAUGUGGCCUCCAAAUAAUAAGCUGAAUCCUGGGUUAUAGGUGUUUCACAUUUAGCCAUAGCUCAGUGCCCUGGUUUGUUGGGAAAGCACUAGACUCAACAUAAGAUUCUGGGGUCCAGUCUUGACUUCUGCACUGACUUGCUGCACAACCUUGAGCAAGUCACUUCCCUUCCCAUCGUCUUUAAUUUCCUCAUUGAAAAACGGGAAUAUAUGAUGGGGAAUACUAAGAGAUUCAAAUGAGAUCAUAGAUAUAGAGCUUCUCUGACAUGCCGAAAAUGUCUAAGACCUGUGUAAAGCAAGCUUAUUAAUAUUCACAGGACAAUGGAGGACAAAGAUGUAUAGUCUAUGAUUCUUAAAAGUAUAUAUGGAGAAAAGCAAGUGCGUUAGCCCAGGUAUUACCCAUAAGCCUCAGGUGAGUGUGUUGACAGUACCUCCCUUGGGGCAAGAUAGUGGGCUUGGGGACACCAGGAGCCUAAUAGAGCUAGGUAAGGGGAGUCAAGGGGAGUCAAAGAUGUAACUACUAAAGUGAGAGCAUGUGUCAAAAGAGAACAUAUAUAAAUAUAUGCACACAAACAUACAUAAGUACUAUACACACAUAUUUCUCACAUCUAUGAUGUGCCAAGUACUCUGCUAAGUCCCUUACAUGUAUUAUCUCAUUUAAUCCUUAUAAUAACCCUGUGAUAUUAGCAUGAUUAUCAUCCCUAUCUUAGAGAUGAAAAAACUGAGACUUAGAGACUAAUUUGCUAUUUUUCCCAUGGUCACUUAGCUAGCAUGAAGGACCCAAGUCUAGUGUGACUCCCAAGCCUGUUCUCAUAACCAUCAGGCACUAAAUUGCUAACCACAGAAUCCUCUGGUUGGUUGGUUCUCCUGAUCCCUUGCCUAGUGCUCUAAGUCCAGGUUCAGUCUAAAGGUCAGCCACUAGGGGGCGCUGCCUCCCCUGUUAAUGGACACCAGU